AUGGAAUAUUGUAUUGGAUUCAUCGCAAUUAUACUCAUUCAUAAAACAUUUGCUGAAGCAGUUUCCACCUACAAUAGAAUCAUGUGUUUUGAGGAUGCUCUUGAAAUCCAUGCCUCUCUAAGAAAUAAGGAAUGUCCAACAAGGCUCCUUGAAGAGAAAAUUCAGCCUUGCUCAUACAUAUGCUAUGGGGAGUAUUCUUUUGGAAGUAGAGGUUCACGUUGUGUUGGUUAUAACAUAAGUUUUAGGAUGAAAGAGAUAUCUACAACCCUGAAAGACUUUCAAUGCGAUAUCAAUGAAUGCAACGUGGAUCUUGUUGAAUUUACAUGCUGGAUAAAUAUUACCUCCGAUGCAACUUUUGAUGAAUUAAAUACUAUCUUAAAAAAUACAACGACGACAGGAAAUACUGUCCUAUUUUCUACAAACGAAUCAUGUUUGGAUAAAUAUGGAGCAGUUUUCCUGCCCGUUGGAUGUGGUCUUGGAGGAUUAUGCUUGGGACUAAUUAUUACCAAAGUUAUCCUAUGGAUCAGGCGUCGUAAGAGCAAAGUUUUUGAGACACAAAAUCCUUCUGUAGCUUUUCAUCGUAAUAAUCAGGACGAAAUAUAUGCAACAGCUGAUGAAGCACAACAAUACAGUGACAUAGAAGAUCAUUUAAAGAUGUUAGCAAAGGCGAUUCAAGUCCCAUCGUAUAAAGAGGACACAUCAUCUAGUUCUCAAGGAACAAUUUACCAUCAUUUGAACGAGACGGAAGAUUCCGUAAAUUUUAACAUUCACCGAAGCCUCUUAUUUUCUGAUGAAUUUCCGCCCGCUGGUUAUGAAGGGAGUAAAGCAUUAAGUGUCCUCCGAAAUGGAAGUCCUUCUUUGAAAUCCGUAGUGAUACAAACCGGAAGUUCUUCUUCAAAAUCAAACAGUGAUACGAAAGGUUCACCAAGGGGAAGUCAGGAAAGUUUCAAGUAUUACGCACUCGAAAAAGAAUAUCUAAUGUUACAGUCAGACAUCAACACCAAUUGAAAAAAAUACAAAUGUUGAAAUUGUUUUUUUUUUUUUUUUUUUUGAGUCAUGUUUUUGACACGUUUUAACAGAACAUACAUAUAGAAUAUGCCUUGGUUUGCGGUUUGAUUGCCACCUGAUUCGAAUUUUGAUGAUUUUAGAGAUGCUGUUUGAUUAGCACCUGAUAACACCCAUGAUGUUUUAGAGAUCCGUGUUUGAUCUCCUUCUAAUAUCAUAUAUCAUGCUUUGAUUGAACUUGAUUGAACUUGGAGCAUGAGUAAACCUUUUUAUAUU